AGAAUACGAUGGUAUUGCCAUCUGGCAUUGCCAGGCGACUUGAGCAUUGUCACCAAAAAUUUUGCAUUGCUGCCAGUCACUCGGCCUUUAAUACAUUUAUCCCGAAAUCCUCAAACUUAAAAGAAAUUAACUUUAAUCCAACAUAUUCAAUCAUUUAGGCAAAAAAACUUUAGCGAUAUCCUUGCUUUACAGAGCAUGGAAGUGAUUCCUGAAAGAGCAAACGUCACGUUCGCGAACCCUCGGUAUACGAACCUGACGAUAAACAUCCGGCGGUACAGCCGGCGGUCCCGCUACUACAUCAACUUGAUGGGCACCACCAGCCACAUGUGGAACAACAACAUUACGGUGGAUAUAGUGAUCAACCAGUACCUGCACAAUGAGUACCGGCCCUCCUUCAUCACGCACCACUACAAGUUCUGCGACCUGGUGAAUAAGGAUCAAUUUAUCGGUGGCGCCAUCAAGAACGCUGGCGUGGUGUGUCCCUUGCCUGCUGGCUACCACGCUGUAAUGAACAUCACGGCGCCGACGGAACACUUCCCCAACGUGUUUCCCUUCCAGAAGGGCCGCCUCGACUUCGUCGUGUCACUCACGAACACAUACGAAGCCAUUUUAAAGCUCUACGUCGAAGUCACUUUCAAACAGAAAUGAUAUUUUGAGAUUCUAGAUCUAGAGUAAAAUAUUAUUUAUGUUUAUUAAAAGAUAGUAUUUAAGUCCACAUAGUAUUUAAGUGUAGGAGAGUCUUGCUUUGGCCGGCUUGACUGGAGUGAUACCUUCACAGAAAACCGACGUGAAACAAAGCUUGCGUGAGUGAGGUUACCGUAGGCCCAAUCACUCUUCCCAAACCCCGAUUCCCCAAUAACCCUUAAAUUCCUAACCCCCAAAAGGCGGGCAACGCACUUGAAACGCCUCUCGUGUUUCAAGUGUCCAUGGGCGGCGGCAAUUGCUUACCAUCAGGAGAUCCGUAUGCUGGUUAAAAUGAUUUUGAAUUUUAAAAAGUUUGUUUAUUACAAUGUAACAGAAACGUCAAUGAAUUGACAAAAAGCUUUUGAAACACGUAUGAAAGUGUGUGUGUGUGUGUGGUGUACGUACUUAUUAUACUCAUUGGUCAAACAUUACUGAUUUUUUUAUAUGCCAGUGUAUCAUUUGGCUACAAAAGUAGAAGUACGCUUGCAUCAGGGAAGUGUGUAAGACUCUUACUGACUAAAAAUCACAACAAUUAUGAUCUUUCCCAGCAACUAUUACUAUUGUAACAUGAUAUUGUUAUAGUAAAGCGAUAAGAAAUAAAACAUUAAACAAAAUUAAUACAAAAUUACUUUAUUUUAAUUCACAAUCUCACAUGUUUGAUAUCACAAUAUUGGGAUGAUUUUACAAACCAUUUGUUUAAUUGCUAAGCAAACGUGCGCGACAUUUUAAUACGAUGUUCUAUUACAUUAAACAGGUUAUACUAUCAUUGAAGGUUAAACUUGUAUUUACAAAGGUACAUGCCAUUCAUUAUCAACAAGAAAUGCAAAUAACCACACAAAAAUAAAUUUUAUUGCUCUAAAAAUAAAGUUCAUUUCAGAAUAAUUACGAUAAAAAUACUCGUUUUGUUGGAGUAAAUAGAUAAAUGGAUACAAAUAUAUUGCUUUAGAUAUAAAAUGUAGUUAUUUUAAUUAGAAUCCAAGACACUCUGAUGGAAUGUAAUGAACAUGAAUGAAAUAUAUUGAAAACUAUGAAGUAACGAACAUCUGUCUUGUAUAAACUAAAGAAAAAUAUGUUAAACACUUUCAAUCAAAUUGAAAUAAGUGUUAAAAUCUCAAUAACGCAAUAAUUCAAUAUGUAACAUCAAUAAAGUAACAAUAAAUGAAAAAUUUAAAAGGAAAAUCUAUUUAGUAAUAAGAAACUCGCGAUUUAAUUUAUAAAAUUCAUAACAGGUUAUUUUAUAACAAAAUUAUGAAGUGAACAAAAGUUACAAUUGUCAUUUUGCACAACGAAUUCAUGGAAAACAUUAUAUAAAGAAAUCUGACAUUAUUAUAAACUAGAACAUGUACAGAUGCACAUCAACAUAUACCAUUACUUUAAUACAUUUUCGACUCUAUAACAAAGCAAUACAGUUGAAAAUGUAUUAAAGAAAAUUCACACAUAUAUUGCUUGAACAAUCAGAUACUAAUGAAAUAAAAUCUCAGAUAGCUGAUAAGUAAAUAACAUAUUAUAUUACAAAUUAUAAUGCAUUCAUGUGGCUAUGAGUUAUUUUUACAAAACGUAUACAAAAUUGUUCUAUACUUAAAACUAAAUAUGGUCGAGUUUUCCUUAGCUGUACUUUUGCAUUGUGCAGGUAAACAAUAUAUAUUUACCUUGGUGUUCACAGAUGCAGACAAAUUACAAUGUUACGUAAUGAAAUAUGAUCAUCAAUGUAAUCGUGAUUUUAUUAUAAUUAUCAUGAGACCUACGUCCGAAUACUGAAAUGGUAUUCAAUUUUAAGUUCUCCUAAAAUAUCGUGCUAUCUCUGUCAUUUUAUAAAGAGUUGAUAGUGACAGAACUAGUCUUGAGAGCGUCUUAAAAAUCAGUAGCGUUUGAGUAUUUGGCAGAUUAACUAAAAAUCAGUAGGGUGCGCGACGUCGCCGUGUCUGCGCACGCUGCUCAUGAUGAAGAGUCCCUCUGUGACUCGAAACUAGUAGAACUUUUCUCCACUAAUAAUACGAGAGUAAACCGUGAUUUUUAGUUAAUGUAAUCAUUAUCGAAAUGAAUGGAAGACUAGUUAAGAUUUUUAUUUAAUUAUUAUUAAUUUAGAGCACCUUUAUAAAGAGCUCCAAAUCACAAUCUGAUCUUUUAUAGUAAUAAACCGUUUUACGGUUUAAAACAAUAUUAUAAUUGCAAAAGCACAGUUAUGGAUAACCCGGCCAAAUUACAUACCUACAUCCUAAGGAGGCAACGUUGUGGUUCGUCCUAACUAUUCGAUUUAGUCGGCUUUCUUUGCCUUUGGCUUCUUUUCUUUGCUUGGCUUCGGCUUCGAAGGAUAGAUCACGAACAACGCCAGUUGAGAUCCACACAAUACUACUGCGACUAGAUUUUGUAU